GCGCGCCACCGGCGGUGGACGGCGAGGCAUCCUACGACUACGAUCUGGUGGUCAUCGGGGGGGGGUCGGGCGGCCUCGCGUGCUCCAAGGAGGCGGCGAAGCUCGGCAAGAAGGUGGCGUGUCUGGACUUCGUGAAGCCAACGCCGACAGGCACACAGUGGGGUCUUGGAGGCACGUGUGUGAACGUGGGGUGCAUACCCAAGAAGCUCAUGCACCAAGCGGCGCUGCUAGGCGAGUCCUUCUCUGACGCGCGCGCCUUCGGAUGGGACCUCCCACGCGAUGUCAAGUUCGACUGGGCGGCGCUGGUGCAGGGUGUGGGGGACCACAUCGGGUCGCUGAACUGGGGGUACCGCGUGGCGCUGCGCGACGCCAAGGUCACGUACGUCAACGCCAUGGGGCGCUUCGUGGACACGCACACGCUCGAAUGCACCACUCGCGCCGGCCAGGUAUCGCGCAUGACAGCGGAGCGCUUUGUGAUAGCGGUGGGGGGCCGCCCGCGCUACCUGGGCGUGCCUGGGGAUAAGGACCUCUGCAUCACCAGCGACGACAUCUUUUCGCUGCAGCGCAUGCCAGGGAGGACGCUGUGUGUGGGGGCGAGCUACAUCUCGCUGGAGACGGCGGGCUUCCUGGCCGGGCUGGGCUUCCCCGUCUCCGUCAUGCCUCGCUCCAUCCUCCUGCGCGGCUUCGACCAGGAGGUGGCGGAGCACAUAGGGCUGUACAUGGAGCGCCACGGGGUCUCCUUCAUCCGCCCUGCCGUGCCCACCCGCUUUGACCGCACUGAUGAUGGCAAGGUGGCAGUGACGUACAAGCGCAUGGACACGGGGUUAGAGGGCAGGGAGGAGUUUGACACAGUCGUCAUCGCAGUGGGCCGCGACGCCCAAACUCAAGAACUCAACCUGGCAGCAGCAGGGGUGGACGUGAACCCUCUCACUGGCAAGAUCAUAGCGCCGGACGAGCAGACAUCAGCACCGCACAUCUACGCGAUAGGGGACGUGCUGGACACGCGGCAGGAGCUCACCCCCAUCGCCAUCAAGGCGGGCCAGCUGCUAGCGCACCGCCUGUACUCUGGCAGCGCGCAGCGCAUGGACUACAACCUGGUACCAACAACAGUGUUCACGCCAUUGGAGUACGGGUGCAUAGGCAUGGCGGAGGAGCUCGCCAUCGCCACCUAUGGCCCCGACAACAUUGAGGUGUACCACUCGUACUUCAAGCCGCUGGAGUGGCAGGUGAACCACGAGGAGAGCAACGGCGUGUCGCACCGCGAGGACAACGUGUGCUAUGCCAAGCUGGUGUGCAACAAGCUGGACAGCGACCGUGUGCUGGGGCUGCACGUCGUGGGACCCAACGCCGGGGAAAUCACUCAGGGGUACGCGGUGGCGAUGCGCAUGGGGGCGUGCAAGGCGGACUUUGACGCCACGGUGGGCAUCCACCCCACCAUGAGCGAGGAGUUCACCUCCCUGCGCGUCACCCGCCGCUCCGGCCUCAGCCCCUUCAAGACCGGCUGCUGA